AUGGCUGGUCUGCAGAGAUCCGUUGUAUCCUUCCGCCGCCAGGGUUCUUCCGGUCUUAUUUGGGACGAUAAAUUCAUAUCAGAGGAGCUAAUCAAGGCGCCCCAAAACGACGCAGAAUCCAGCACCGCCGCGGAAGAGCUCAACACCGGAAGAAAUAUUCCGCCAAUCAAGACGGUUGACCGGACCCGAUCAAACCGCGCCGAAGCACGGGGGUUCCGGAGUAAAGAUACAGCGGCGGCGACGGCGACGGCGGUGGAACCGCCGUCGCCCAGAAUCUCGGCUUGUGGAAUCUGCAGCGCUUUCCGGAACUCGGGGGGCAAGAAACAGAGGACGACGGCGGCCGGUAAGCGCCGAUCACGGUAG